AUGCUCGGCGCUUUUACGUUCCCGUUGAUUUUAUUCACAGUUAUCGUAUUGGUUUUGAAUUCAACCGAAUCCAUCCCGUACCACGGUUCGCAAAGAUUUUUUGGUUAUGAUUACUGGACGCGCCGGUAUCCGUCCUUGGAUUACUCAGAUUGGAAUGGCUUCUGGAAUAAUCACUACAGUGGUCGGACUCAGUAUAAGCGAGCUUCCUCUGAGACGGCGGUACAAGAAUGCACGGGCUGUCAAUGUGAUGAUUUCAAGCAAGAGCUUAGGUGUUUUGGUAGCCCUGGUAAAUUGACUGUAUACGUACGAAACAGAGUCAUAAGAGUUGUUAGGAAUGGUCAGUUACCAAGGAAAUUGAAGGAAAUCAAAAUCUUUAAUUCUCAGCUGAAAGACAUCGAAGAAGAAGCAUUUCACAACUUGACGGAACUUCAAGAAUUGAAUCUGGCUAUGAAUAACCUCAACGAUUUUCCGGACUUGUCCACCAACACAGCCUUGCGAGAGCUAGAUUUAUAUCAGAACAAGAUAAGGCUUUGGCGCCACAAUUACACUGCUUUGCCCAAGAAUUUAGAGAAGAUAAUUCUCAUUGACAACGAGUUUGACUGGAUCCCUGAAAAGUGGUUUGAUCUGCCAAAUUUGAAAUACAUAGCUCUGAGUAAGAACAAGUUAAAACGGUUUCCAGGAGCUGCUUUUAUCAACUGUAGAUCUUUGGAAUACCUAUCCGUUGACUACAACGAAAUAACGUCAAUCACAUGUCCCAAUCUGCAACCAUUUUAUGGAAAUAAUUCUCAGCUUCUACAUUUGAACUUGAGCAAUAAUGCUAUAAGCAGCAUAGCCUCAGAGGCUCUACAGCAUCUGAUUCAUCUGCAAGUUCUGGAAUUACAUGAUAAUGACUUGGAACUUAUUGGUCCGAAGGUUUUCUACAAUAUACCAGAGCUACUGCAUCUAGACCUAUUGGGCAACAAGCUAGAGACCAUCGCUGGACAAGGAUUUAGCCCUGCGUUCCAGGAUCUUCCCAAACUAAAAUGCUUGGUGCUAAUGGGACAGGAUCCCAAAACACGUCACGUGAUGUUUAACUCAUUUGUCAAUCUACCUGCUUUGGAAGACUUAUGGCUGAACAACAACGGAUUUCGAACAUUUCCACAUCCAUCACUAUCCUACGAGUUAAGACCUGCUUUAAAGUUUCUGCAUAUGGAAAACAACGAAAUCGAGUCGCUACCAAGUUACGAUAAAGACGACUUCCCGCCUGACUUGGAAAAUCUACAUGCUGUUCUCAAAGCGAAACACAAACCAUUCGAGAACACGCCGAACUUGGAAAAACUGUUUCUUCAUUCAAAUCGCAUUCUUCGCAUUGCAGAAGAUGACUUGUGGAUGUUAAGCAAACUGAAUGAACUUUUCUUGAGCGCUAAUAAACUGGUGAAUUCGAGUGUACAUCCGAAUGCUUUUAGGAAUCUCACAAGAUUAACAGUUUUGCAUCUUGAUUGGAACAAGUUUCAUUAUGUUCCUUUUGCAAUUCAAGGGAAAAGCCGACUUCCAUCGAUUGAUAGCUUAGAUUUAAGGGGAAACAGCUUCACAUACAUUCUGAAGGGGACGUUUUCCGAGCUGGACACCAUCAGAUACCUGCAAAUGCAAUACAACAAAAUCGUCACCAUAGAAAAUGGUGCCUUCAAUGGGAAUAUCAAGCAGAUACACAUGGAGGGAAAUCGCUUUAACUUUAAACAUGAGAAUCAGUUCACAAACCUGACCAAACUGACUCAGUUGGGGUUGAGGAAGAAUCAAAUCAAUGCUAUCCCAGACACAGCCUUUCAUGGACUUACGAGUUUAACUUGGCUUGACCUUGGUGAAAACCAAAUCGGGCGUAUCCUGAAGAUUUCCUUCCGGGACCUUGUCAAUGUAGCCACUUUGGAUUUGGAUCAAAACGAAAUAGCACUCAUUGAAGACGGAACUUUUGCAGGAGUAAAAGGGUUCAGUCGCCUAAAACUCCAAGAUAACCAGCUCACUUCUCUGCCAAAUGGUGGCGACUUUCAUAACAAACAGAUGAAUAACAUAAACUUCUCAAAGAAUAGAAUAACAUCGAUCGCAAACGGAACCUUUGUAAACAUCAGAUGCAUCAGCGGUGGCUGCGGUAAUAGCAGAAGCAGUAGCGGGACCAUAUGGAAAUUCCGAGAAAACGAAAUAGUGUCAAUUGACAGCGGAGCAUUUCAAUCAUUUGAUGGUAGUGCUUGUACUCUAGAAUUUGGAGGGGCAAGCAAGAAAUACAAUUUGCUGAAAAGUGUCGAUUCUGGAGCGUUUGAUAAUGUGCAGGCAUGCUAUAUAGACCUUAGCAACUUAGAGUUGAAAAAGAUUGCUUCUGAAUCUUUCAGGGAUGUUCGUGUUAGCUUUGAUUUAGAAAUGAAUGACAACGAGAUACGAACUGUUGAAGAAAACGCCUUUCUAAGAUUUAACGUCAGACACUUGAUGCUUCAAAACAAUGCUAUCCAAGCAAUCACAGAGAAGAUGUUUGGAGACAGUGGUUCCACAAUAAGAGCAAUACUGGAUCUCUCUCACAACGAAAUCCAAACCCUUCACGAGGAUUCACUUAAAGGAGUCAAAGUCAAUGGGCAAAUACGGCUCAGAAACAACAAGUUAGUUAUGUUUCCAGCAAAGGCUUUGGAGAAACAAGACCCAAGGGUCCUAGAACUGCGCCAUAACCAGAUUCCAUCCAUUCCUGUUGGUUGGUUAGAUCCAUUUCAAAACCUCCGACAUUUGUUUCUACCGGACAACAAUAUUGCUUCCGUGGAGGCUAACGUCUUUAGCAAGCUAAAGAACCUCGAGAUAUUAGAACUUCAAGACAAUAAAAUUAGCGUGAUUGAACCAGGAGCAUUCAAUGGCCUCGACAGUGUGAAAAGAUUGUAUUUAUAUGACAACCAGAUUGAAUUUUUACCUACAUUCCCUGCGAUGAAGCUUCUUGAUGAUUUAUCUCUAAAAAAUAAUCUUAUAGAGAACAUCGGGCAGGACUGCUUCUCUAAACUUCCCAAUUUACAAACACUUAAUCUUGCAACGAACCCGUUGGCUUGUGACUGUAAUGUUUAUAACUCUCUUACUCCGGUUAUAAACACUCUCACUUCUACAAAAGCUGCUCUCUGCCGAUCACCUUCUCAAGUAGCAGGAGCCAAAUUCUACCCGAAGGGAUCAUAUGAGAGCUUUUAUCGCCAGCGAUUUCUCUGCAAUCCCGUUAACGUAUCAGCAUCAGCCCCUGGUGAUUAUCAAUUGAACGUCACGUGGGACAGGCCGCAUGAACUUCACUCGUUUAUCAACUUUACAAAGAACACCACAACACUGAGCACGUGGGAUGCUGUCAAGAUUCAAAGUGUGAAGUAUUCGGUCACUUGUUUAAGUGACGAUGCUCCGACUUUGACGGGCACUUCGACGAAAAAGUUCCUCCUGUUUACUCAAGCCGACGGCGUACGAGCUGGGACCGAUUACACCUGUCAUGUGACUAUGACUGUAUCUGCUCACAAUGGCACUUAUUUAGGAGGGGAUCCCUUGGGAGCCUUGUGGACCAGGACGACACCAAAAAGCGAAAAAGUCUCGAUAACAACCGUAGAGGGCAAAGCUCCGGUGACCAACACGACGGCCAACAAGACUAAUUACCUCUUAGAUGUUACAUUCUAUGACUUCAGAGCUGCUGAUGGUGAUUUCGUUGGGAUCCCUGAUAAUUACCGUGAGAUUUACAACAAUCCAAGAUAUAUUGCGAGCCCAUAUGGCAGCUGGUUAGCCAUAUCUUUUGAUCCAACCAGAGACAGUUUCUCAGACUGGUUUAGAUCCGAGUCAUUAAGAAACCGACAUUACGAGGGAAACUUGGAAUUGAAAAAACAGUGGGAGACAGACUCAAAUGGCAACUCAGUGUUUAGGUAUUUCAACGACAAGUUCUUCCCAGUCGAUGGCCGCGGAUGGGGUGCUGAAGGUCAGCGGGACUGCCACACCAAUGCUCUCAGGAACUAUGGAUUCACAGCUGCGAUUCGUUCAACCUUUAACUUCACGGGUCAAGAAAAUAUGGCUUUUGCAGGUGGUGAAGAGUUGUGGGUUUUCAUUCAUGGUUAUCUGGCAUUACAAGUUUUCCACAAUCCUCUUAACGGGACAAUUCCGUGCGCGACAAUCUAUCUAUCCCCCGCUAAGGAAGGGAAAAGCGAGGUUGUUCGAAAACACGGAGUCAUUGUCGGUGACAAGUGUCAAGAGUCAGGAUAUCUCACACCACAAGCUUUAAAUAUGACAUUAAGAGUAGGUGAGCCUUACCGUCUGGAAGUGUUCGUGGCUGAACGAUUCAAAUGUGACUCCGAUCUCUUUUUUCAAACCAGCGGAGUUCAGUUCAUUCGACGAUGGGAUAUGACUCUUCCUGUUGGUUACAUGUCUGAUAUCAGUGAGAAUCUGCAUGUUGGUGGUUUGGUUCAGGAGUUUCAAGUGUCCGAUGCCUUUUCUGCUGGACCGUACAAGGUGGAAAUUAUGUCCGGAAAUGAGCAACGCAGAUUUGACGUCAAAGAAGGAACGUUCAUCCCACCGUCCCCUCCAACUAUAGCAGAACCUCCUUCGUUUGUAUUAGACAAUGAGACAAUCUACUUAUGUCCAAAUGCAACUGCAAAUGUCACUGUUCGACCCAUCACCAGGGCUCCUCCAGGAAUCGAGACUUUUACUGUAAACAGUUCGACUGCUCAGUUGAUUCUUAACUCCCCAUUGGACUACGAGCAUACAACAAGUUACUUAUUGACCUUGAGAAUCACAGAUACGGGAAAGUUCGAAGAACCCUCUGGAAAUAUCACGAUCAGGGUUUUCGUUUUGGACUACAACGAUCACUGCCCGGUAUUGCCAAAUGUCAAUUACGACCUUAAACCUAUCCCUCCUCUUCAAAGGGCAGCAUUCUUUGUUGCCAUGGCACAAGAUGGAGACAGUGGAACCAACGGACAGAUUACAUACAAGAGAAGUCAUAUCCUGGAAGCAAUACCUCGAGUUGAGGCCACGCGGUUUGCAAUCAAGAAUGGCUCGGCAUAUAUCUGGAGUAACAAAACUAUCGAGUGGACCUACAAAUAUUUCAUAUUUGCUGUGGACGGAGGAACUCCAAAACGAGGAGACAGAAUACCGCUGACCAUAACAUUCAAUGCUACGUGCCAAGAAACUGGCGGAAUUUUUGUUAAUGCAACGAGUGGCCAAGUAUUCUUCAGGGCGCCGGGAAUGACGGGAUCAGAGUAUCCAAGAAAUUCAACCACGAAACCGAAGUGCCGACGCUGUAGAACUGGGUACUACUGUGUUGGCGAUGGAACCGAGGAAAAGUGUGGAGUAAAGUCGCCGACGGAAUUUUCGUUUGGAGGAGCAACAAAUUGUAGUUCAUGUUGGGAAGGCUGGUUAUGCCACAACGGUAGUGCGUUACCCUGCCCACCAAACACUUAUGUCAAAUGCAACGAAACGUCGUGUCCAGAAAAGUGCUACCCCUGUGAGCCUGGCACAGUUUGUAAAGCAGGAAGACAGUACGAGUGUCGACCCGGGACAUACAGUGAUGGAACAGGAUUUCCUUGUAAGCUAUGCCCUCCAGGAAGCUACAACAACAAAAUGCGGGCAGAAACUUGUUACUGCUGCCCUCCUGGCUACAGUAGCACUUACAUGAAGACAUCCUGUCGAGCGUGCCCUGCUAAUGAAUACGCUGAUCAGGGAAAUUUUCCAAAUUGCACACUAUGCAGGUCCUGCUUCACAAACGAUUCGUGUCCAUGUUUGGGAGACCCUUGCUAUCCCUCAGUAGAUUGUCACAACGUUGGAAAUGGGUCAUUCGUUUGCGAAUCAUGCCCAGAUGGGUUUGAAGGAGACGGAAAGACGUGCACUGAUAUCAACGAGUGUGUCCUGGCAAACCCAUGUUACAAGCCUAAUGAGUGUGUGAACCUUUCUCCGGGGUACCGCUGCGGAGGAUGUCCAAACGGUUACCGCGGCAAUGCUCCAUCAGGAGUGGGCCUUGAGCACGCGCAGAAGUACAAGCAGAAGUGUGAAGAAAUCGACGAGUGUAGCGAAGGAAUUGACACAUGUGAUCCGAACUCAAACUGUAUUAACACAUUGGGUAGUUUCAAAUGCAGCCCAUGUAAACCAGGAUUCAUUGGGGAUGGUUAUCUUGGCUGUUAUCCCGGUGACCUGUGCACCAGCUCGCAACAUACCUGUCAAGCGAAUGCACAGUGUACAUCGACUGGAGCAGGAAGAUACAAGUGCACGUGUAAAGGAGGUUUCGCAGGUGAUGGAGAAGAGUGUGAGGUCGAUCCCGAUUUGGAUGACAUUCCCGUCAAAGGAUUGAGUUGUACCUUACCUAACUGCAGAAAGGAUAAUUGUCCAAGUGUACCGAAUACGGGCCAAGAAGACAAUGAUGGUGACACGGACGGUGAUGCUUGUGAUGAAGACGACGAUAACGAUUUGGUUCCUGAUAAUAAGGAUAACUGUGUUUUUGUGGAUAAUCUUGACCAAAUAGACACUGAUAAGGAUGGCGUGGGGGACAAAUGUGAUAACUGUGUGGCUGUUCAUAACCCAGACCAGACAGACACUGACGGGGAUGGUGAUGGAGACGCGUGUGAUGAUGAUCAAGAUGGAGAUGGAAAAUUGAAUCCAAACGACACGUGCCCCAGGUUAAACGCUAUUGGCGACCAUGUUGAUGAUGAUGGGGACGGUGUGGGUAACCUGUGUGACAACUGCCCAAAAAACUACAACGCUUUGCAGAAUGGAAAGCAGCCGGACAGUAACGAGAACGGGUACGGAGAUGUCUGCGAUGGACCUGGAAAAGACAAGGAUGGCGAUGGAGUUCUUGACGAGUUUGACAACUGCCCUGAUUUACCAAAUGGCGAACAAGGAGAUGCCGAGGAUGACAAGAUAGGUGACGCAUGUGAUGACGACCAGGAUAAUGAUGGCAUACCUAACAUACGGGAUAACUGUCCCAUGAUCAGUAAUCCUAACCAAGAACAUCACAAGCUAUCUUAUGAUGACAAAGCUCUUCCUGUGGGCGACGCAUGCGUUGAAGAUUAUGACGGCGAUGGUGUCCCGGAUGUCGAUGACACGUGUCCUCAUGCAAAACAUAUCAGCAAGACAAGCUUCCUCGAUCAUUUCACAGUGGAUUUGUACCCAGGACACAGUGACCCGGUUCCCGAGUGGAGGGUGGCAAAAAUGGGAGUCGAUGUUGAACACCUGACCAACACAAAUCAUCCAGGAAUGCUAAUAUGUUCUACACGUUACGGACCCGUUGAUUACAGUGGAACAAUCUAUGUCAAGGAUCGUGAGGGUUCUGACUAUUUGGGUGUGGUUUUUGGCUAUCAGUCGAAUCGAAAGUUCUAUGUGGUUAUGUGGAGAAGGGAAAACAUUAAUUUUGGCCAAGCUGAUAUCAACGCUGGUAUAAAGGGACUGCAGCUGAAGCUUGUAGACUCGAACACUGGACCAGGCCCAGACUUGGCAAAAGCGUUAUGGUACUCAGGCGAUACUUUAAAUCAGGUAACUCUGUUAUGGGACGAUCCACUUAUGAAAGGAUGGCAGCAUCAGACUCCAUAUGGCUUCCUCGUAACUCACAGACCAUCCAUUGGUCUGAUAAGAGUUCAGAUAAAACAAGGAGACAAGAUUUUAACUGAUUCUGGAAACAUCUAUAACACAGUCCUGACCGGUGGGAGACUGGGCAUGUUUGUCUUUGGUCAACAUGACGUCAUCUGGUCCAGACUUGAAGUUCGUUGUUCAGACAGAAUAAACCAAGCCUUGAUGUUUGACGGUGUUGACGAUCACGUGACUCUACCAUCCAUUCAUACUUUAGGUUUAACAAAUAGCUUCACGAUCAGUGUGUGGGUAAACAUGGCAGCGGACUACCCCAUGACUGUCAUGCCUAUCGUUUGCAGUGAUGAAGGAAUGCUUUGCUUAUACCUUAGAAACAGACACAUUCAUGGAAACUUAGGAAAAUCUACCGUGGAAGGAAGUGAAGUUAUAGAACCAGAGGAAUGGCAUCAUCUUGUGUUUCGAUUUGAUGCGCAACGACACGAGAUUGAAGUAUUUGUAAAUGGAUCAUCGGUUGGUAAAAAGACUGAUACUACUCCGCACAGCUGGUCUCCCAAUAUUAAGCUUUCUAUUGGACGCGAUCAGAAACACUUCUUAAAUGGAACAAUUGACGAUUUGACCCUGUGGGGAGUACGAGUCCCUGAUGAUGAGAUCAUAGAGUACAUGAAGCUUGCGGGAUUGACUUGGCCUAUUCACAAGGGACUGGUACGGGCCCACUUCAAUAUGGAGGAUAUUUCCGGUUCGAUUAUCUUAGAUCAGGGAGGCAAUGGUUUCCAUGGUAACCUUGUUGGGAAGCCCUUGUUUGUUCCGAGCACCGUGGAUAAAAAUCGAUUUGUGAUCUCCUUUCCAAACAAUCGACGAAGAAGAAACAUUAGGAGUCCAUUCAUCGCUACUUGGGCGAGGAGACACUCGGAACUUUGAUUUUUUCGUGUUAACUAAGGGCGACUUAUAUGAUAUGCAGAC